UGGGCCGCAUGCGCCGAACGUGCGUCAGUAGUAUAAGUGGGCACUUGAGUGACUUGAGGCGACUUGACCACUUGGGCAGUGAGUUCGCUGUGGCAGUGAGUUGUUGCGAGCUAGUGUGGUAGCAGCUGAUCGGUGAAGGAUUGAAUUUUUCUGCGUUCUCACAUAAUCUAAAUUUUUCUCAUUUCGGGUCUCCCUGUAUCUCCCUACAUAAGAUUUUCCUAAUUCGCAGCAAGACGACUUUCGGUCUCAACUUGUGUUUUCCGCUUUCAGCUGAUUUAACAAUACGCCUGACGUAGUAGUACCAACACUUGUCGUAUCAUUAACGCCGAAAAAGAGCUUCUGACAAUAAUGCCGUGUCCAUUUUUGACCCGUUUGUCUGCAAACUACAUCCGCAAUUAUGGAUCAUCGCUGAUAAUGAAUUACCGGCAACAUUGCCCAGUAAUGUCAAGAUUGUUCGAUACAAUGGCAAAAUCGGAGGAAUCUCAGCCGAUUCCCGAGUCUAUACAAAAUCAAUGUCCCUUUUUAUCCAGAGAACGGGACGCUAUUAAGAAAGCCAGUUUAGCAAUGGAGGAAGAUGUUAUCAAUCUAGGUAGCAAAAAGACAACGGAGCAAAAAGAGGAGGCGCAGUUCCCUUAUGAGGAAUUUUUCCAUGAGCAACUUAUGCGAAAGAAGAAGGAUCAUUCGUAUCGAGUAUUCAAGAAAGUCAAUCGUCUGGCUGAAAACUUUCCAGUGGCUAUGGAAUACUCGUGGGGCGAGAAACCCAUAACGGUAUGGUGCUCCAACGAUUACCUAGGAAUGUCGCGUCAUCCCGCAGUGAUAAGCGCAGUUCGUGAAGCGUUGAACAAGUUCGGUGCUGGUGCCGGAGGCACGAGAAAUAUCUCGGGCAACUCCAUGGGUCAUGAACUGUUGGAGAAACGACUGGCGCUGCUGCAUCAGAAGGAUGCCGGUUUGCUUUUCACUUCCUGCUUCGUUGCCAACGACUCUACCUUAUUCACGUUAGCGACAAUUCUACCAGAUUGUCAUGUUUUCUCCGAUGCCGGGAAUCAUGCCUCUAUGAUACAGGGCAUAAGAAACAGCGGCGUGCCGAAGCAUAUAUUCCGGCACAAUGACGUGCAACAUCUGGAGGAGCUUUUAUCUAAGGUGGACAAAAGCGUGCCAAAGAUUGUAGCAUUUGAGACGGUACAUUCCAUGACCGGCGAUAUCUGUCCGUUAGAAGAGUUAUGCGACGUCGCACAUAAAUAUGGCGCGAUAACAUUCAUUGACGAAGUCCACGCAGUCGGCUUAUAUGGUUUCUCUGGUGCUGGCAUUGGCGAGAGGGAUUGGGUACUUCACAAAAUGGACAUUAUAUCCGGUACCUUAGGAAAGGCUUUUGGCAAUGUGGGUGGCUAUAUUGUUGGUUCCGCGAAGCUGAUAGAUAUGAUAAGAAGUUAUGCAGCGGGCUUUAUUUUUACUACUUCGCUACCGCCUACUGUCCUAUACGGAGCUUUGACAUCCGUCGAGAUUUUGGCAUCGGAUGAGGGCAGAUCAUUGAGGACGAAUCAUCAGAAAAAUGUCGCCUACAUGAAGUCUAUCCUUACUGCCGCCGGUCUUCCGUUAGAAACGUCGCCUUCUCAUAUUAUUCCGAUAAAAAUAGGAGAUCCAUUGGUGUGUAGUCAAAUAGCAGACUAUUUAUUAAGAGAUAAAGGACAUUAUGUGCAAGCUAUAAAUUAUCCUACAGUUCCAAAGGGCGAAGAGAAAUUGAGAUUAGCUCCAACACCAAAACAUACUCAAGCCAUGAUGGAUAAAUUCAUGCGAGACACAUUAGAUGUUUUUCAUCAGCUGAAUAUAUUCAAGAUAGUUACCAAAUCGAACGAUGCACCGUGUGCUAUUUUGGUUCAUUGACGAAUAAAUGCUGUUCAAAUGCUGCGUUCCGAAUUGUAAUGGCAAUUAAACGGUCCAAAAGUCGCAACAUUUUCGUUUCCAAAAAAUGAAAUGAAAUGAAAAUGGUUACAUGCCAUCUGCAGAACUUCCAACCGACAAACAAUUCAAAAGUAUAUGAGCUAUAUUUCCGGUUGUCCGAAAUUGAAUAGGAAACUAAUCACUACAUCGAAUCGAACUGGCAAACGGUUAACCGCACCAUUGACACAUUCAUGAUUGAUCAAAGAUGCUGUCCCAAGUCAGUUUCCAAAUUGCCCUCGUUACAUGACAACCAAUGGCACACCUAAGCAUCUAGCUUUCUCUAGAAACAAAGUGAAUGAAAUUAGAGCAUGAUUGAGCAAGUUAUUGCUGGCAGCAUCAAAAUGGAGCAAGUGUUCAACGAGAAAAUUGGAUUUUCUGGUCUCGACGAACACUACACAAAGAUAAAAAAAACGCAUCGAUCUGCAAAAGUGAAUUGUUUCAUGCAGGGACAACAUUCUUUACAUACUUCACAUUGAAAAUAUUUCAUACCCGAAUGUGAAAUGUUGUGUGCGAGUGUCAGAAGAUUUCAUUUUAAGAUUGUUUUAUGGAUCGCGGGAGGUAACAAAACUAAACUUCAUGACAAGAAAUACAAUUUUCCGUUCGUCGUGAGUUCGAUCUUUGAAAUCGAAGACAUUCUCUAUCAAGCGUUGAUAUCAUUGAUAUCGGACAAAAAAUAAGACUGUAAGCAAUGGAGAACAUUAAUGCGUACAUCGAUAUUUUUAAUUCUUUGUUGGUGACAUUACCACAGCGAAAGUUAUCAAGUUGUUAUCAAGUUUUUAUUGCAGCAGAUAAAAAUCCUGAAUACUUCGAGUAAAAGUGCCUUUCGAUAUUCGUAAGAAACAAUCUUGUUUUGUGGAUUACUGCAUUCGAUUUCUCCACAUGCGUAUAAAUUUCUUAGCAAUUUAAGACAUUUAUUGUUACCAUCCUCAACGACAAUAAAAAGAAUGUGCAGUAACUUCUCCAGUAAUCCUCAGCAAAACGAAUCAAUGUUUCCUCAGUAUAUGUUGAAACUGAAUUUAAACUGCUUCGCGAUGAAGAUAAAACGGUAAUUCUUAUGAUUGAUGGAAUUCAUAUAAAACUGUAUAUGAUACGGAUUAUAAAGGCGGAAAUAUUGUUGGGAAAGCUUUUAAUAGUGCAGACUGUACAACAAGUGCUCACGUUUUCAUGGUAAACAGUUUAUUAUCAACGUACCGCAAUGUUGCUCAUAUCUUGCCUGUAAAAAUACUGUACGAGUACUGCAAAGUUUUUUUAACAGCGAAUGAAACCACAACGUUUUCUAAUUUAAUAGACGCGAAUAAUCGAGGAAGAUUAUGUUAUCUACACAAAGACGUUCUGACAUGUGCAGCAUACGCAUUAGUUAUCAUUCAAAAAUUACUGGAAAACGAGCGUGAAUCAGCGCGAAGUUGAAUGAAAACUCUUCUAUUUCAAAGUUCAUCUUACUUGAAUUUUAAACUAUUUUUAGGUCACUGUUGUCCGAAACUUGCAAUAUGAAACGUAAUAAUUAAAAUAUCACAUACACUCUCGAA